AUGAUCGACACUAUAAAACCCCAGGACCAAGUAUCUGAAGUCAGUUCUGUUUUCGGUGUGCUCCGACGUAACAACAUGUUCAAGCUUGUUACCAUCAUAGUCCUAGCAGCCUGUCUCCAGAGCCACAAGGGCGUACAUGGGGGGUACAUGCCCAUGAUGGGAGGCGGCGGCGCCAUGAUGGGCGGUGGCGGUGGAAUGAUGGGCGGCGGUGCCGGAAUGAUGGGCGGCGGAGGAGCCAUGAUGGGCGGUGGAGGAGCCAUGAUGGGUGGUCCCAUGAUGGGUGGAGGAAUGAUGGGAGGAAAAACUGCCAUGAUGGGAGGCGGCGCUGGUAUGAUGGGCGGCGGCGCUGGAAUGGUCGGGGCAGGAGCAGGGAUGAUGGGUGGGGCAGGCAUGAUGGGCGGCGCAGGAAUGAUGGGUGGAGCGGGAAUGAUGGGUGGCGGCGCUGGAAUGAUGGGCGGCGGCGCUGGAAUGGUGGGCGGCGGCGCCGGAAUGGUGGGCGGCGGUGCUGGGAUGAUGGGUGGUGCGGGGAUGAUGGGCGGUGGUGGCAUGAUGGGCGGCUACGGGGGUGGAGAAAUGAGCAAGGGCGCCUACAACAGCGGGAAGAAGAAUAUGAAUGAUUUGUACUACAAGAAUGCUGAGGGUAAGGAAGGAGGUCAAUACGAUCAGGGACAACAAGGAUACAACAAAGGGGAACUGGCUGCUAAAGAUGUUAAGGCUAAUUCUGGGUACUAUAAUGACGUAAAUGGUGGCAAGAAACUCUUCGAAGAUGGGAAGAUGUACCAUGGAGCCAAACAUUACGACAAAGAAGGCAAGAACGAGGGCCAGUCCAACAUGAAAAAGGGCUACAAAAAGGGCCACAAAGUCAAGGGCUUCAAGAACUCCCACCAGAAGGAAGAGUCCGGCAAAACGGAAGAGUAUUACGAUGAAGACCACGACGAAGCCGGCAACUACAUGUACAACGGCCAAGCCGGUAGCUUCGGAGAGAAGGGAGCUUCGUCCUUCAAGGGUGGCAAAGAAAUCGGCAACUUCAACGCUGGCGAGGCCAAGAACCAAGGACACUACGGCAGCAAGUACCUCGCUGAUAAGGAAAAGGGCAAUCUCGGAAGAUACGGCGAGGGCAAAUUCGGUGGCAACUUUGCUGCUUAUGGUCUUAACAAUGGAGGCGGCAUGCACAACAUGAUGGGACACCACGAGGCCAGCAAGUUCUACAAACACCACCCCUUCUACCAUUGGUACUACUAG